UGAAUAUUCUUCUUUCAAUAGUAUCGAUAGAUAGGGUGAACGGAAAUAAAAUUAUCUGGUCACAUUGUUAGACUAAAGCAGCAGCAUUUUUAGAAAAUUUGCCGGCCUACGACUGAUUCACAAAAUGUCCGAGGAAGCACUUGCCGGCGUGCCAUUGGUGCACAUUAGUCCAGAGGGCAUCUUCAAAUACGUCAUGAUCAAUGUCAUCGAUGGAGGAGAUGCUUCAAAGGCUGUCAUCCGCGGAUUUGCGGACUGCACAUGGCAUGCCGACAUCUUCGAUCGCGAGGAGGAGGUCUUCAAAAAACUGGGACUGCGUGCCGAGUGUCCUGGUGGUGGUCGCAUCGAGCACAAUCCCGACAAGAAGUACCUGAAGGUCUACGGAUACUCGCAGGGCUUUGGAAAAGCUGAUCACGCGCAGACCAAGCGCAUCCUGGCCACAAAAUACCCGGAUUACACGAUCGAAACGUCCGAUGAGGGAUAUUAGCUGCAAUCAACAACCUAAGACUCCACAUAAAUACCCUGAAA